AGAAAGAGCUCACGUGUGAUGUGUUUGUGUCUCAUUCGUGUUUUUCUCUCUUGAGUGUUUAAACAGAGUCUUGUCUCUGUGUAUUUUAGUGUUGAUGAUGGAUGAGAUGUGCUGUAAAUCAGUAGGAACUGAUCUGUCCAUGCUGGAUAUUGAUGAUUUCAUCACAGAAAUCUCUCAGCUGAAGAAAGAGGUGGCGUUACUGGAGACAAAGCUGAGGUUAAGAGGAGAUGAAGGACUGAAGAGAGAGGAUCUCAGUCUGUCUUUACUCUGUUAUACUGAGUCAAAGUCCACAGACACUCAGGACACAACAGUGUGUGACAGUAAUGAGGACUUACAGGAGGAUCAAACCUCCACAGAGUCUCUGGAUUCUGUCUGUAACGCUGGAGAACAGCAGCAGAUCCUGCAGACCAAACUCAAGAUGUGUUCAGUCAAACUCAUCGACUUCAGGAACCUCAUGAUGAAGAUCAAAACUGAACCCACACAAGAGGAAGAUCAUGAUGAUGAAAAUGAGGGCUGUGGUGAUGAUUUUAUUCCUUCAGAUAAGAAGAGUGAUUCAUGUUCUGAAAGAGAAAUAACGUCCGCAACAUCAAAAGAGAGAAAACACACAGAACAGAAACUCUUCACCUGCAGGACAUCUGAGAGCAACUUUACUACCUUACAAGAGGAGAAACUUCAUUCAGAAGAUCACAGAGAGAAGAAGAAGAGAAAGAAAAAGAAAAAGUUUGACUGUCAGCAGUGUGGGAAGAAUUUUGACUUCUUAUCUCAGCUACAAAUUCACAUGAGGAGACACAGUGGUGAAAAGCCUUUCCACUGCAGUGAAUGUGGCAAAUAUUUAAGCAGCAAACAAUAUCUUGAUACUCAUCAGAGAAUUCACACUGGAGAAAAACCUUAUCACUGUAGUGUUUGUGGAAAGAGUUUCAGUCGACAUGAUAGUUUAGUGAGACACCAGAGAACUCAUACAGGUGAAAAACCUUACAAAUGCUCUCAGUGUGAGAAGACCUUUGCUUUAUUAUGUAGUUUAAAAACCCAUAAGAAAGUUCAUACUGGAGAGAAACCUCAUCACUGUAGUGUUUGUGGGAAGAGUUUCAGACGUCAUUACAGUUUAGUGUCACACCAGAGAGUUCAUACAGGGGAAAAACCUUACAAAUGCUCUCAGUGUGAGAAGACGUUUACUAAGUCAGAUACCUUAAAAGCCCAUGAGAGAGUUCAUACUGGAGAGAAACCUCAUCACUGUUUCACUUGAAGACGCUUGUGUUAAAGUUGAUGUUUUGAAUUAUAAUGCUGUCCACCUCACAGAUCUUUCAUAAACUGAGGCACCACAGGCUCUUAAAUAGGGAUGUCACGGUACCAAAAAUCUAGUAGUCGGUACCAAUACCACAAAAAGUACACGGUACCUAAGUCGGUACCACAGUGUG